AGUACCUAAUAACAACCAUAUAACACGCCUUGCUACUCCACCACUGUUCUGGGCACUGUAAUUUUGACUGUUGCCAUGACAAUUCUGAGUUACAACUGAACUGAAAUCAGCAGGUGUGGAAGCUCAUCUGCCCUCAUCAUCACGGAUGAGGUCAUGGGAAGUUCCACUGUCCGCCCCGUCCAGCGGAUUGGCCAGCGUCACUAGUGCGUACAGCUCGCUCAUUGGCUUAUGUGGCUGUCAAUCACGCCUCACCCCUCAUCGGAUGAUCCUCCUCAGUAGGACGGUCUGGAGCACCGGAGGCAACCUGACAGUCCGUUUCAAAUCCGAUCACAACAAUACAUCACCACGGAUGUAUUAAUUUAUAUGUCCAUUUAGAUUUAAACUUAAGGAGCGACAUACCAUCGUGAAUGGAGUAUCUCAUCCCGCAAAAGAUCCGUUUUUCCCCCGUACCAUCGCCUCCGAGGAAAUCUGACCCUCAGCUGCAGGAGGAGCGCUGUCGAGCCGGACAUUUUUCUCCACCGCCAUCCGAUCUGACACCAUAUCCAAUGAGUACAGCCUAACAGCCGUCACCCCACACGACACGGGCCUUUUCGACAGGACACCUGAUUUUAACAAAAUGGCGGUUUUUAGCGCACAGGUGCUUCUAGCUGUAACAAGAUCAAGGGGAUCCUACUUGCUUUCUAAAAGACAAGGUUGUGCUUCACUCCCAUCGACCGCAUGCAUACGCUACCAUUCGGAGUUCCUCAGCCGGGUUGCAGUCACAGCCAGGUGUCCCAGGCCGCUGUACCCCUGUUACACAUCCAGCUUCAUCCGCCCUGGCUGCAUAGCUGCACGUCCCCUCCACAGUUCAUGUGCUUGGCUUCAAGAGGUGAAGGACACCCCUGAACCUGUCAAGGGUGAGCCUGUCCUUGCCGCCUCUGGCACUCAACCACCUCCAGCACCACCAGCAGUGCCAAGAAAGUCCCUGGGACAGAGAGUCCUGGAUGAGCUCAAGCAUUACUAUCAUGGCUUCCGUCUUCUGGGCAUCGACACCAAAAUCGCGGGCAGGAUGGUCUGGAGGUUACUGCACGGGCAGCAGCUCACCAGGAGGGAGAGGAGGAGGCUGAUGCGGACAUGUGCCGACUUGUUCCGGCUAGUGCCCUUCAUGGUCUUUGUCAUCGUUCCCUUCAUGGAGUUUCUACUCCCCGUAUUCCUCAAACUCUUUCCAGAAAUGCUGCCUUCUACAUUUGAGACCGAGUCCAAGAAGGAGGAAAAACAGAGGAAGGGACUUGCUGCUAAACUAGAGCUGGCCAAGUUCUUACAGGAGACCAUUGCUGAGAUGGCCAGGAGGAACAAAGCAGCUGUUGGAGAUGAGACUCAGAAGUUCUCGACUUACGUGCAACAGGUGAGGCACACCGGUGAACAGCCCAGCACUAAAGACAUUGUGAAGUUCUCCAAGCUCUUUGAGGAUGAGCUGACGCUGGAGCAUCUGGAGCGGCCGCAGCUGGUGGCCUUGUGCAAACUGCUGGAGCUGCAGCCCAUCGGCACCAAUAACCUGCUGCGUUUCCAGCUGAUGAUGCAGCUGCGCACCAUCAAGUCUGACGAUGAGAUGAUCGCCAAGGAGGGUGUGGCCGCAAUGACUGUAGCUGAGCUCCAGGCCGCCUGCAGGACUCGCGGCAUGAGAUCUUUGGGUCUGACCACAGAUCAGCUCCGACAGCAGCUGCAGCAGUGGCUGGACCUGCACUUGAAAGAGAACGUCCCACCGUCCUUGUUGCUGCUCUCUCGUGCAAUGUACCUGACGGACCUCACUCCUAAAACUCCAGUCAUCCCACCGGUGCCCAAACUGGAGAAAGCCACUCCUCCUCCUGUGGAGGCCGAAACCACAGCCAAAGGGAAUCUGCUGUCCUCCUCAGUGGAGGUGCUGGUGGACUCUGCUCCGGUCAUCAAAGACAGAAAGUCUGAAGAAUUGUUGGAGAAACCCAGAGGGUUGGACAUGCCAUCACCUGAAGCUCAGUUAAUACAUGCUAAAGAGGCAGAGUUGUCACAGAAGUCCAAGAUGAGUGCCAAUGGGAUGUGAGAGGGGCUCCAUGUUUCCUCAGUCACCUUAUUCUGUUGGAGAAGAGGGUGGAGGUUCGAGUUUGGCCUCUUCCACUACUGCUGCUUCUGCUGAGGAAGCGUCUCUCUCACAGUCUAGGAUUUCCGAGGCCUUGCCGUCUCUCACACGGACUUGAUGGACUAGUCGCAUCACAUCCUCCAUCGACAUCUGGUCCUCAAAAAGGAGGAAAAGUGUUUUUAGAAUUUAGACAUCACUCCGGCUUGACAUCCGACAUGUUUACAUCUCCCAUCCCCUGAAGAUUUGACAAAUAAUGUCAAUUUGAAAUGGAAAAAGAAACAUCAACUCAGUCCAGCCAGGAAAUGAAUAAGGAACUCGCAAGACUCGCCAGUCUUUGCUAAACUUCAUUUUGUAAAUGUGUAAAUAAAUUGUACAAUACCUGCAUAUUAUAUAAGUGCUACUGCUUUAUACAGUCGGCUGUGACAUAUGUGUGGGCUAGAAGGUGAAAGAAGUCAUAUUUUAAUAUGAGGAAUGCAUAUGCUUGCAUUCUGGAUUUAGGUUGGCAGAUGAAUUGUAAAUGGCCAAGUAUGUGGGUAUUUUUUUAUUUGAAAAUUUCAAAUUCCCUUUUCUAAGGGAAUAUUAUGUUCACUCCCUCAGGAGAUGUGAUUAGCGGUGUAGCGAUUACACCAGGCCUGCCUAUGGCAGACUGCAGUUUGGCACAAAUAAACUAUGUGUUGAAUUUGUUCAUAAUAUGCUGUGUCCCCCGUUCAAUCAUGUGUUUAAAUUUUUCCUUGGGGGAAAAUCUAAAUGACUAUUGAAGUCAUAAAGUUUACGUUUCACUUAUGGUUAAAAAGACUGAAAAUUCCCCCAAAGACAAAGGUUUGUUUUUGAUUCACAUACUGUUUGGAUUGUUAUUGUGUUUCAUGUUGCACUAGAUAAACCACUGGGAGGGAAAACAAUAUAGUAUGGCAAUACUGUAAAAUGUUAAUUUAAAAAGCAUUGAAUCCCUCAUAUAUUUGCUUUGUUUAUCCCAUAACCUGCCUUUAACUCAACUGUAAACUUAAUUGAAUAUGUUGCGUCUUUAAACUGCCGUCCCAUUCUGUCCUGGUGCACUUUUUUUUUUAAUGUUGAUCAACUGUGUAAAAUUGAAAAAUGAGUUUGAAACUGCCUCUCAUUGCAUU